AUGUUGUCGAGGGUAUCCCGUGCUGCAGCUCGUCGAGCCACGACAAAACAAGCAACGACGAGUCUUGCCACUGGCUCUAGACGGUCGCUUGCGCAGCCCUCUGGUCCCGACCGUGCUAGAGUUGUCGACUUACCCGCCACUUACCACGAUGAGAGCCACUUCACUCCGCGAGCAGGCACGCAUAUGCUUGGCUUUAACCUCGAGAUGCCGAAGCGGGAGAGUUCCACCGCUGACGCUACGCGACCAAUAUACCUUGACAUGCAAGCAACGACACCCGUAGACCCAAGGGUGCUCGACGCGAUGCUGCCUUACAUGACAGACCAGUAUGGAAAUCCCCACAGUCGGACACACGCCUACGGCUGGGAAGCAGAGCAGGCCGUCGAGGAUGCUCGAAAACAUGUCGCAGACCUCAUUGGUGCCGACCCAAAAGAUAUUGUUUUCACCUCUGGUGCAACAGAAACGAACAAUAUGGCCAUUAAAGGUGUUGCUCGCUUUCAUAAGGAGAAGAAGAGGCAUAUCAUCACAACACAGACAGAGCACAAAUGUGUGCUCGACUCGUGCCGGAAGCUCCAGGAAGAGGGUUUUGAUGUUACAUAUCUCCCCGUUCAGUCCAACGGAAUCAUCUCCCUGAGCGAACUCGAAGCCGCCAUUCGCCCUGAUACUUCGUUGGUUUCCAUUAUGACCGUCAACAACGAGACUGGGGUCAUCCAACCGAUGAAAGAAAUUGGCGCACUGGUUCGCAAGCAUCGAGGGGUCUACCUCCACACAGAUGCAGCUCAGGCAGUCGGAAAAAUACCGGUCGACGUCAACGAGAUGAAUGUCGACCUCAUGAGUAUUUCUGGCCACAAAAUCUAUGGACCCAAGGGAAUUGGCGCAGCUUAUGUCCGACGACGGCCACGGGUGCGUCUGGAGCCAAUAAUUAAUGGUGGCGGCCAAGAACGGGGUUUACGAAGCGGAACACUGUCAACACCCUUAGUGGUUGGAAUCGGCGAAGCGGCACGGAUUGCAAAACUAGAAAUGAGCCGCGACCAUAAACACAUCUCCAAACUAUCCAAUCGCCUUUUACAGAGAAUCAACUCUCAGGUUGAGCAUGUGGUGCGAAAUGGUGAUGCAAAUGGGUAUCCGGGUUGUGUCAACCUGAGUUUCUCGUAUGUGGAAGGCGAGAGUCUUUUGAUGGCCUUGAAGGACAUUGCUCUAUCGUCAGGAAGUGCAUGUACCUCUGCGUCGCUGGAGCCCUCUUAUGUUCUUCGUGCUCUGGGUGCUGCCGAAGAUAUGGCCCAUUCCUCAUUGCGCUUCGGCAUGGGCCGCUUUACCACGGAAGCUGAAGUCGACUUCGUUGUUGACCACAUUGUACGCACGGUCCAGAAGCUUCGUGACAUGAGUCCCCUGUGGGAGAUGGUCCAGGAGGGAAUUGACAUCAACACCAUCGACUGGUCUCAGUCACAACAUUAA